AUGGCCUGGACUAGAGGUAGAAUCGUCGGCCGGGGCUCAACUGCCACUGUCUACCUCGCGGAACAUGGCAAUUCAGAUGAAGUUUUUGCGGUGAAAUCGACGGAGCUUCAUGGCUCAAGGUUUUUGAAGAAAGAACAAGAGAUUCUCUCGACGGUUAAGUGUCCACAAAUUGUGGACUACCGAGGUUGCGAUGUCACGUUUGAAAAUGGGGUUCAUUUGUUUAAUUUGUUCAUGGAGUAUGCAUCUAAGGGAACACUUGCUGAUGCGGUUAGGAAUGGAAAUGGAAUGGAAGAAGCUUUGGUGGGAUUCUACUCGCGACAGAUUCUGCUUGGACUUAAUUACCUUCAUUCGAAUGGUAUAGUGCAUUGUGAUUUGAAGGGACAGAAUGUGUUGUUGAUGGAACAUGGUGUGAAGAUUGCUGAUUUUGGUUGUGCUCGGAGGGUGGAGGAGGAGUUGGUGAUUUCUGGUUCGCCGGCUUUCAUGGCGCCGGAGGUGGCACGUGGGGAGGAACAGGGGUUUGCUGCUGAUGUAUGGGCUUUGGGAUGUACUGUGUUGGAGAUGAUCACUGGGAAAAUGCCGUGGCAGGGAGUUUCUGAUCCGGCCGCAGUUUUGUAUCGGGUUGGAUUCUCCGGUGAUGUGCCGGAGAUUCCUAAUUUUAUGUCGGAACAGGGGAAGGAUUUUUUGAGGAAGUGUUUGAAGAGAGAUCCAAAUGAGAGGUGGUCGGUGGUUGAGCUUCUCGGACAUGAGUUUGUUGGGAAGUUUAAGGAAUCUGUGUCUGAUUCGGAAACACCGACAACUGUGUUGGAAGGAGGUUUUUGGGAUUGGGACUCUUUGGAAACAACUCAGGAGGUAGCUUCCACAUCUGAUUGUUGCUCCUCGAAUUCUUCGACUCAUUCUUCCAGUCCACGAGACAGAAUUCUAGGAUUGUGUUCAAAUGAGACCGUAUGGGAAUUUGAUGAUGAUGAUGAAUGGAUCACUGUGAGAAGCCAUGGACAGGAUUUGGAAGCAAUGUCUUUUGGAAAAUUGGAAGAGUAUGAAUCAGACAUUGUUCUCGAAUUUGGUGAUCAUGAGAUUGGUUUGAGUUUGAUAGAUUUUUAUGAACCAAAAAUUGUAGUUGAAUUGAGUACAUGGAAUAUCAUUUUUGAUUAUUGGUGUUUUAGAAGCUGCAAAUGUGGCUGUUAUGUUAGUGAUUUUUUAUCAGUUUUUCAAUCUAGAAAGAUUGUUUUCUAUGUAAUAAUUGAUUCUCAGAAGAAGAAAGAAAUUUUUAUCAUCCCCUGCUUUCUACUUUGCUUUCUCUUUAAUUUCUCAUUGGAUAGAUGA